AUGGUGAGAAAAUGUUUGAGAUACUACAACAAUUUAUUGGAUAACAUGCUUAUAGUGGACCGCCCGUUGCAGAUCUUGCUCUCAAUAGAAGUGGUAUGUGGUAUUCCCAGAUGGAUUGAAGGGAUGUACUUUAUAUCUUGUGAUUUGAUGACUGGGGGUACUACUAAUUCAGUUUUCUUUAAUACAUUCGAAAUCACCUUCAAUAUCAUAUUAGUGACGUCACCGGCCUUCGUUGUGGAGUUGAUCGCCAACAAGACGGACGAAAUCAAGGCUAUACUUAUUAGUGAUGUUCCGAAUAUCCGUAUCCGUAUCCGUAUCCGCGGAUAUCCGAGGAAAAAUAAAAAUCCGUAUCCGUAUCCGUAUCCGUUAUUUUACACGCGGAUCUUUUACGGAUCUUUUUCAGUUAAUCAUCAGAGUGAUUUAGAGAAAACAGUGUUAAUGUUAACGGAGGUGAUCGCAACCGUAACAAUGAUGUCAAUACCGGGUGUGGUCGUCGAACUGGUCAAAGACGAGGUCGAUAGAAUCAAAACUAUACUUGUUAUGCAGAUAAUACGAUGCUCAGACCAAUCCCUCCGUUCUGAGUUGGAGACGGCCCUGCAGCACAUACAUAGACGUCCAUUUAACUUCAUGCUGCUCAACGCGGUGCCGAUUGACAUCAACAUGCCGAUUGGCUUGAUAAGCCUCUCCAUCACAUACGUCAUCAUCUUCACCCAAUUCCGCCAUUUUGCUAAUUAG